AUGUGUGCACGCGCGGCGUCUCAACCCGCCCUGGCCACAGUCCCGGAACCUGGUAUCCACAGGGACUCCGCUCUGUCUUCCCGGCCGGCCCAAGGCCUGGAGGCCCCGUCCAGCCCGGCUGAGCAGAUCCUGGGACCCGCGGAGGGUCGGGCCCCACAGGCAAAAUCCCCUCCUCUGCCCAGACCAGGGUCUCUUCCCCGGGCCUCAGGAGCCCCUUCUGGACUCAGAGAAGUCUCCCAGCUCCUUUUUCUGAGUGCUGCCCAUGACAUUCCAAGCCCUUCUCUAAGAGAUGCAGGCACUGGGGGCACUGCUAGCUGGCAGGACCAUGCUUCACAACUCCAGCCACAGGAAAGGCGUGGUCCAUGUGGCUCCCUCUCUGUCUCCGUGAAGGCUGGAGCAGGCUGGCAGGUUCCCCCUGCUCCCCACAGCUCGUGCUCAUGUAAACAAAGACAGCAGCUGGCCAAAGCUCAGACUGCAGAGCUGGGGGCCUUCAACAGGGACCAGAUGCAUGGGGAGAGCAGUGUCUUCCGGGACUCUCCUAGCAGCCUGGAGCCCUGUGUCCCCAGCCAGGGGCCACAUCCUGAACUUGGCUGCUGGCUUUACCUCCAUCUCCCUCGGCAGCAGCAGGAGGAAGUGGAACAGCUCCUGGAGGCGUCGGGUGAACCCGACGCAGGCUGGCGGGGCCUAGCGGGCCACCUGGGCUACCAGGCUGAGGCAGUGGAGACCAUGGCUCAGAGCCAGGCGCCAGCCUAUACCCUGCUGAGGUACUGGGCUGUCCAAGAAGGCAGUGGUGCCAGCUUAAGGGUGCUAGCAGAUGCGCUGGCUGUCCUGGGCCGUGAAGAUAUGGUCCAGGCCCUGGGCCCACUGGUUGAGGACUGCUCCGUGGUGUGACGCUCCACAGCCUGGCCUCUCAGGGAAUCUGCUGUGGUACUCCCUCCACCCCCAGCUCAUACACCUUCCCUUUCACGGGCUUCCAGGCAUUGGUGACCUCGGCCUGCUGUUCUGGGGGGACACGGAAGACCCAGGCACCACUCACCUCCCCUCGCCCUACAUUCCUUCAGGACAGGGACCAGGAUAUUGGGGGGAGGGGUUGAUAGUGAGGAGCAGUCCUGCUCUCCUGAUCCCCACUCCACCUCCCCUUAGGCCUCAACUGUUUUUUCUACUUUUGUAUCCCAUACUAAAGGCAACUUUGGACUAUUGUCCUGGCUCUGUCUGGUUCUGUGGGCCUGUGAGACAGUUGGGUAGCUAUGUGGCAGAGGCCCAGAAAAAGGAUGGGAUCCCUAGAAGGUGGGAGGAGCCCCUGAGUUGGCAGGCAGUGUGUGCCCGCAGAAGAUGUGUGCACUCUGGGGGCAGAGUAGUUCACAUCCUGCAUCUGCCAUUCACUGGCUGAACUGUGUUAGGAAGCAUUUUACCUUUUUGAACUUCAGCUUCCUUAGCUGGAGAACAAUAAACAGACUGGCACAUUCAGAAGCCUCCCACCAAGACUCUCAGGCCUUGGGUUUAAGACCAUUUUCCUGACUUGUGCUGUGACUAGCCUGAAGGGCUGGAAGCCUGCCCCACCCCUAGGCAGAAAGCAAGAGGUGGUUCAGAAGCAAAGUGAACUGCCUCUGAACUGGUCCUGGGAAGCUAGUUACCAAGGGCCUCAGGUCAUCUCUAGGUGAGGAAAAGGAAGAAAGUGUUCUUUCAAGACCCGUACUCCAGACUCGGAAGAGGGAGGUCCAAACAUGCUUCCACACAAGCCAAGGACAGGCAGGUCAUCCCAGCUACCUGAGGGGCUGUUGAGGACAGAGCAUCUGCAGCCAGACCACCUGCACCCCUCGCAUAUGCCCACCCUCAAUGGAGGAGCAGGCAGGUCAGCUACUGUGCCUUUGGAGGGGGUUGCUACAGCAGACGGGUCCUGCCUAGGAAGAAACAAUGGCUGCCAUCCUGGUAGCCAUCAGGAUCAGGGCACUUAAGAAGCACAGUCACCUAAACUCAGGAGACUUGGGUCCAGUCAUGAUCCAGGGGCCCGGGCCAGAGCCUGUCCGCUAGCUGAGAUGUGACCUGCAUUGGCUGUUCUGUGAGUACCAAACUCAUCAGACUGCUGCUAUUCCUAUGCCUCAAGAGUUUACCAGGACUGCUUAACCCUGUAAAUCUUAUACUUAAAAUCAGGGCAGGUUUGGAGCCACCAUGAUCCAGAGAUGAAAGCAGGAAAAGCUUGGUGUUUGGUCAGCUAUAAACAGGCCAAAGCACUGGAGACAUCACACCUACUUUGGCAGGGAGUUGGCCAGAGGGCUAUCAAGGAUUAGAUUGGCAAUGAGGGUGAAAUCCUGCAUUGAGAGGAAUGAACAGGUCCUGGAUUAGCCAGUAACUCUCUUUACCACUGAGGGGAUUUGAGCCUAAAGGUUUCAAGGGGUGUGUGUUUCAAGAUCUUCCCCUCGCAAACGCCAGAGGAGGUAAAAUAACAGAAUUCCUCUGCAAAGAGGUCCUUUCUGAAUCUUGACAGCUCUCUGGUCACCACCCUUUAAUGAACGGCUACCUAGAUUUCCUUGGAAAAUCUGAAACCCAGACCCUCAGGUAAAACCAUGAGUGAGUUUGACUUGGUUGCCAGCAGCAGUGGAUGUGGCUGCACUUCUGCAUGGGAGACCUACCCAAAAGAGAAACACUUUCUUUUAAUGUGCUCAAGCACAUUAGUUGAAACAUUUUCUUUACUGUUAAGGGGGGGAACUUCCCUGGUGGCACAGUGGUUAAGAAUCCGCCUGCCAAUGCAGGGGACACAGGUUCGAGCCCCA